AUGCCCUCGGAAAAGUCUCUGCCGGAAGGCAGUCCUCGAGGACAAAGCUCUGCAACAGGCAGGAGUGACUCUACUCCCGAGGAAGCGGCAGAGUCCAGACGAGGAAGCAACUCGCCCCCCAGCGAACAUCACGCCGGGGACCUUUGGGAGGACUUUGCUCCAGAGAAUGAGCCGUCUACAUCGUCUGCGGGAGUUCCUUCCGGAGCGUGGAGGAAAGCGCCAGCUUUGCUACAUAUCGACAGGCAGCAAAUCCAGCCGGUGGUGCGCAGUGCUCAGGCAGAGGAGCUCAGGGCCCUUGGCGUGGACGUGUACGACCAGGAAGUGUUAGAGCAGGGUGUCCUCAAGCAGGUGGACGACGCAAUAAAUGAAGCAAACAAAGCGGUUCGUGUUGCUGAAGCGGAAAAGGAUUACCAGUCGGUGCUAGAUGAUUUCAGAUCAUGUACAACAUCCCUGAAACAAAUCAGUACAAUUAUUGAACAGCUUACUCCUCAUGCUGCUGCCAGCAAAGAUAUUAACAGAAAAUUAGAUUCUGUGAAGCGGCAGAAACACAACAAGGAGCAGCAGCUGAAAAAGAUCAGAGCAAAACAAAGGCACCUUGAAACAAUUCUUGGUAAAAAAACUCCUGAGGAAACAAAUGAUGCUGGAUUUGAGGAAAGUGAAGAACCCGGUCCCUCAUCCCUUGGCAGCAUGCUUAUACCAGCACAGGAAACGGAAUGGGAGACCCUCAUCCGUACUGGUCAGAUGACUCCCUUUGGAACAAAAAUACCCCAGAAGGAAGAGAAGAAGCCCCGCCGGGUAAUGCUCAAUGAAUCCUCUGAUUUUGACAAGUAUUUGGCGGAUCAAGCAAAGCUCUCAUUUGAAAGGAAGAGGCCACCUUUUCAUAAGAGAUCCAAGCGGGCAGCGUGUUCAGAGAAUAGUCCAGCCAAAACACCAGUGCGUCGCAUCAAAGACAAAGGGGACACGGGUCAGCGCCGGUCAAAAUUGGACCGUUGUCUGCAGAAGCAUAUGAGAAAGCUUCAGCACCAUGUUCUCCACGUUCAGUCCAAGAGCAGACUUCCGAAGACCCGGGAGACAGAGGGAGAUGAUCGGCCAGAGGACAGCGGAGAGUCCGAAAGUGCGCUGGAGGAAGAGCUUUCCUGCCCUGAGGACGAAUCACUUCCUGUCAGCGAUGAUGCUGAUGAUUAUAAGCUGAAACCGCUGCCAUGGAGAAAGAAAAAAUCAUCGAUGAAGCAGUUUCAGGAAGAAAUAGAGGAUGAUGAUUUUUUCCCAAGUUCCGAUGAAGAGGAAGAAGAUACUGUUGGAAAACGCAGAAUAAAGAGAUGCAGAGAUGAUGGCGAUGAAAAUUACUAUAAACAGAGGCUGAGGAGGUGGCGUAAACAGCGGCUGAAGGACCGCCGGGCGCGGCUGAUGGUGGGGGAAGAUUCAGACGAGAGCGACGCUGAAUUUGACGACGGCUUCCAGGUGCCAGGUUUUCUCUUCAAGAAGCUUUUCAAGUACCAGCAGACAGGUGUUCGGUGGCUCUGGGAAUUGCACUGCCAGCAGGCGGGAGGAAUUCUGGGAGACGAGAUGGGAUUGGGCAAGACGGUCCAGAUAAUUGCCUUCUUGGCAGGUCUGAGCUACAGCGAGAUCAGGACUCGCGGCUCGAAUUACAGGUUCAGAGGCCUGGGUCCGACACUGAUUGUGUGCCCGACCACCGUGAUGCAUCAGUGGGUGAAGGAGUUCCAUACUUGGUGGCCUCCGUUCCGAGUGGCAAUUCUACACGAGACAGGCUCUUAUACCCACAAAAAGGUGACACUGAUUCGAGAGAUUGUAGCAUGCAAUGGAAUUUUGAUCACCUCCUAUUCGUACAUCCGCAUGCUGCAAGACAACAUCCAUGGUUACGACUGGCACUACGUGAUUCUGGACGAGGGACAUAAAAUUCGGAACCCAAAUGCUGCAGUGACGGUUGCUUGCAAACAGUUCAGCACUCCACAUCGAAUCAUCAUGUCUGGCUCACCGAUGCAAAACAACCUAAAGGAGCUCUGGUCACUCAUCGACUUUGUAUUUCCUGGGAAACUGGGAACGCUUCCUGUCUUCAUGGAGCAGUUUUCUGUCCCGAUAACCAUGGGGGGGUACGCCAAUGCUUCUCCGGUUCAGGUUAAAACGGCCUACAAGUGCGCUUGUGUUUUACGGGAUACCAUUAACCCUUACCUGCUGCGAAGAAUGAAAUCGGAUGUCCAGAUGAGCCUCUCGCUGCCGGAUAAAAAUGAACAGGUUCUGUUUUGCCGUUUAACAGAUGAGCAGCACCAAGUUUACAAAAACUUCAUCGAUUCCAAAGAAGUUUAUCAGAUUCUCAAUGGAGACAUGCAGAUUUUCUCUGGACUGGUGGCCUUGAGAAAGAUCUGCAACCACCCGGACCUCUUUUCUGGCGGCCCGAAGAUUUUGAAGGGGGUCCCUGACGAAGAGCUGAGCGAAGAGGACCACUUUGGCUACUGGAAGCGUUCCGGGAAAAUGAUUGUUGUUGAGUCUCUGCUGAAAAUCUGGCACAAGCAGGGACACCGGGUGCUGCUCUUCACUCAGUCGCGGCAGAUGCUGCACAUCCUGGAAGCGUUCCUGCGGCAGAGGAACUACUCCUACUUGAAGAUGGACGGCACCACAGCUGUCGGGUCCAGGCAGCCGCUGAUUGCGAGAUACAACGAGGAUGUGUCCAUAUUCGUAUUCCUCCUGACCACCCGAGUCGGUGGGCUUGGCGUGAACCUGACAGGGGCUAACAGAGUGAUUAUCUACGACCCAGACUGGAAUCCCAGCACAGAUACCCAGGCCCGAGAGCGCGCGUGGCGAAUAGGCCAGAAGAAGGAGGUGACGGUUUACAGGCUUCUCACUGCAGGGACCAUCGAAGAAAAGAUUUACCACAGACAAAUCUUCAAGCAGUUUCUAACAAACAGAGUGUUGAAAGACCCAAAGCAAAGGCGCUUUUUCAAAUCCAAUGAUCUCUAUGAGCUCUUUACGUUGAGCAGCCCGGAUGGGGCUCAGGGGACAGAAACCAGCGCGAUUUUUGCAGGCACCGGUUCCGAUGUCCCAACACCUAAGAGAGCAUCGAAGCGCAAAUCGACGGCCCUCGCUGAUGCGUCUAAAAAACGCACUCCUCUUUCCAAGCACAGCUCAUCAAAACUCAGUAAACUGUCCAAUUCCUUCUCAGAAAGACAGUGUGCUAGUCUACCGGCUACAACUCAUAUGGGAUCGGUUCAAUAUAUUGAGGGAAACACAGAAACAUCCCUGCGAACUGCUGAUUUCUCAAAGGAUGACGCCCAGAUUACUUCCGUUAAUUCAGGUUCAUUCACCGGAGUGGAAGGGAAGACGUUCAGAACACGUGGGGGAUCACAGUCCAGGGUACAGCUAGGGCAGAACGGGCCUUUUGAGCCUGUGGGACAUUUGAACUCCGUUACCGUUGGCGAAUCGAGUGUCAGUGCAGAGAGGCAGCAUAAUUUUGCGCUUGAAAAUACCAGCCAAUGCAAGGAGCAAGAGGAAAGCUUUCAGAAGGAGCAAUCAGAUGCUAGUCCAAGCAAGCGGACUUCAAAAUUAAAACAUGGGAGCCCAGAGCAUGAAGGCGGGAAGGGCCCGUCGAAAAGGGUCAGGUGCUCUCGCGACGCCAGGUUCGAGGGGGAGCGAAUUCCUCACCUGGUGAAGAAAAGGAAGUACCAAAGGGAAGACAGGAAGGAAGAGAGGGAUUCCAAAAAAAACGAGGAUUAUGUAUUGGAGAAACUUUUCAAAAAAUCAGGCAUACACAGCGUCAUGAAGCACGACUCCAUCAUGGAAGCUUCCAGCCCGGAUUAUGUGCUGGUUGAAGCGGAAGCCAACCGCGUCGCCCAGGAUGCUCUCCGAGCUCUGAAACUCUCUCGGCAACGGUGCCGGGGGGCUGCUUCAGGCGUGCCCGCUUGGACCGGUACCCGCGGCCCAUCCGGCUCGCCAGCAAGAGUCAAGUUUGGGCAGAAGAAGAACCCGGCCUUGGCGAUGCCGUCAUCAUCUUCUCCAUCUCCAGGAAAGGUUUGCAAGGACACCGAAAGAGCAAGGAAGGAGGAAAAAAACAAAACCGCUCCCAGCGCGCACUUUGAUGGCCAAGCGGAAGCGGUGUCCUCUUCGGCCCCCCUGGACUCCUCGUCUUUGCUAGCCAAAAUGAGGGCGCGAAACCACCUGGUGGCACCCCAGAGCAGAGACGGCCCGAGAGAGGAGAGUCCCCCAGCAGCCUCAGGGCCUGCGCAGCCCGCAGGAACGGAACACGAUGAGUUGCUCGUCGACAUCCGGAACUUCCUAGCUUUCCAGGCCCAGGUGGACGGCCAGGCGACCACUCAGGAGCUGCUGCGAGAAUUCGAAUCCAAGCUGACGGUGGAGCAGUCUUGCGUCUUCCGAGAACUCCUGAGAAACCUCUGCACUUUCCACAGGAGCACUGGUGGGGAAGGGCUCUGGAAACUGAAAGCGGAAUUUUCCUGA